CUUGGUAUUGGCGCGGCGUUUGAAGGCCGGAAGUGACGCGUUGUUAAAAGGAAACCAGUAGAAUGUUUUCCCUGAAGGCUGUCAUUCGUUGUCCUGGGGAACGGAGCUGGUGCAGCUGUUUGACUGCAGCAUUCCUUGUGAAUAUAUAACUGAUGUGGGCACAGAGAAGAUGAAACGCAAAACUGCCAUAACUGGGGUCGUACGACUUAGCCCCAAUGAAGAAGCGUUGCUGUUAAAGCAGGAGCGCGAAAGAAGGCGCAAACUCCGUCUACAACAGGUUCGAGAACAGGAAAAGUUCAUUGCUCAGCAAAUCCGUCACAAUGUUAAAGAAAGGAGAGAGCAGGAGCUUCAGCAUUUGGCAGAGGAGCUGCACUCGGAGUGGCAGGAAUCACAGGCUGAGAAGCUCCAAGCCCUGGAGAAGCUUUAUGUGUCCAGUCUAAACGCUAUUGGAGAGGGGCACAGGCAAGCCAAGGAAAAUGAGCCUGACCUUCAAGCAAUUGAGAGGCAAGCAACUGCAAAUAGACACAAAGCAGAGAAGCGACACCGAGAAGCUUUGAGAGAAUUAAAGCAGCACAGAGAAAAAGAACUGAGGGAGCAAACCUGGCUUUUGAAAGCUCGCAGGAAAGCACUUAUUACUGAGAAGGAGCGCGCAGCAAAGAUUGCAAGCCUUCCUCCCCCACCCCCAGACCCUCUAGAGAAUCUUGAAGUUUUGAGAAGACUCCCAACUGUGAAGCUAAGCGACGUCGAUGGAUUUUCUGUAUCUCAUUAUCAUCUUCCUGAACCCUAUGUGGACCGAGAGAUGGAUACAGAACAGCCAGAUGCCCAGGCUGCUGCUGAAGAGGAAGCAAAGCGAUUGGAUGGCUUGCAGAAAGAGGUAGAGCGAGAAAGAAGAGAGAGGAUGGAGAAAGCACAGCUACGGGGGUCCCAUGCCUUGAAAAUGGUUCACUUAACCCAGGACCGCGACAAGCUGCUGAAAGAACUGGAACAGAUGCAACAAGAUGACUUGGCUCAAAGGAGGCAGGUUGUCUCCCAGAUGCCUCAGCAGUUGUUCGAACCAGCCUAUAGGAGAGCGGAGAUACGGGAGGACUGGCAGAGGGAGCUGGAGACUGCUUUCGAAGACAUGUACACUGGGGAACGAAGAGUUCGAGGGGACAUGGUUUUACACCUUAAGCCGCAACCAUUGCCGGGUCCAUCUGCAGAGAGUUUUGACGAUGACCUGGACCUGUCUGUGGAUCCAGAACCUGUGCCUGAAACCCAGUUGCCGAUUGCAGCCCCUGAGGAAGCAAGUCAAGUGGAAAAUCUGGAAGACAAAAGUCGUGAGCCGCAAUCAAGAAUAAUUUUUAAAAGAUUGUUAAAUAAAAUAAGAAGCCAACAAGAUCAGUGGAGUGCGAAAAGUGAUGAGACCGAGAGCGACACUGUGGAAUCAGGAUCUCUGCCUUACAACAUUCCUACGAUGGAUACAAAACUCGAUGGGGCAAAGAGGCCUGUGCCUGAAGACAUUCCAGACAUAAGUGAUGGUACAAUUCUAGCUGGUAAUGCAAUUCCUCAUGCUGUGGAGUCAGAAGCACCAAUCAUACUGCCCUCUGUUAGGAACAAGCAGCUGGAGGAUUUAGAGCUGCAGAAACAAGAGCAGCUGGAUUUGCUGAAGAGAUUAGAAGAGGAGAAAAAACGCUUAGAAGCUGAAUAUGUGAGGGUUCAACAUCAGAUGCAAGAAUCAAAGCAAGAAGGAAUGGAAACUCCACAGGAGAGAACAUCAGAAGCAGCAGUAAAUCCUCCUGCAGUGGCUGAACACAUAACAAAGGAAGAUCCCAAACCUGUUGAAGCCCCUGGUUCAAGCCUAAAUGUUUCCGCCGAAAGCCCACAUAUUCAAAUAAUUCGACAGUACCAGCAACGUCUUAUGGAGCAAAACAGACAACACAAGCAGUCGGUAGAUGAGGCGAGGCAACGAUUGCAAGAAUACCAGCAAUUGCUGAAAAAACGAUAUUCACAUUUGUCUGCGUCAAGGCUGGGGCCUGCAGCUGAGGUCCUGGAGAGUUCUGCUAUAAAGCCUGGUCUUGAACAGAAACCUGCAAGGUGCUUGGAAGAUUUAGCAAAUGCUUCAGACUCCGGUGGUAGAGUAACCGCUCUGUCUGGUGUGAGUAGAGCAGAGCAAGGUAACGCUUUAAUAUCAUCUGCAGUGCCGAUUUCAGGACAGAAUUUAUUUGCACCGUCACUGGGAAACAGGACCGCAGAAUUUGGGCAUUGGGGGAGCAGUCCCAUCCCGGACUCUACAGAGCAAGAUAAAUUAAAUCUGUCUAUUCCAACACAACCGUAUGAAAGGGAAGAAAGCGUCGCAGGAAAAGACAGUCCUCUGAAUGUCGUUCCUAAAAGAUUGACACAGUUGCAAAAUGUUACUCCACAAAUAGCAGCGCCCUAUCUGGAACAAUACUAUUCUUCACCAGAAGAAAGCACCAUCAGCCCUCCGUAUUCUGUAAAUGAUAUGGAAAAGCAGUCAUCCAUAUCAAGCAGAGGUGAUUAUGAUACAGCCUCGGAUAGUUUCUAUGCUCUUCCUCCUACCUUGUCAUUGGGUCUGCCCCGGGCAGAUACAGAAUUCUCUUCUGAGCGCCUGCUUCCAGAAUCUCCUGUUACAAAAAUGGGUAGUGUUCCUUUGGGAGAGUUUUCUAAUGUCCGAGAGUUUCGGAAUGGACUUAUCUCUUCAACGGCAAAGAUGCAAGCUCAGCAGUCUCAGCUGAGGGAUAUGCAGCUGCAACUGGAGAAGCAAAGAGAGUCUCUCUUGUCCAAACAAAAAACCCAAGAAGAAAGUCUGUUACAGAAACAGAAAGAGCUGGAAGAUCAAAUGCGCAAGCACCAAGAGUCGUUGGAGCAUUUCCUAACCAACAAGGAGUCUGGACAAGGACCUUUACCGCCUGAUCUAUGUCAGAUCACAAAGGAUGAACGUCUUCAACUUAUGUCUACGCUGCUGAAAGCACUGAGCGACGGUAAAGGAGAAGAUCUCAACCUCGGAAACGGUAGUGGCCUUAGAGCUGCUGGGAGAGAACAAAGAGGGAGACCUUCUAAGCCUCCUGUUACAAAAACCAAAUUGGGUCCGUCAUUGGAACAACAUGAGCUCAGCGCUAUUCUGGAAGUGGAGACGCCAAGAAGUGGCCGGCCCUCUAGUACAGGACCUACUGAACAAAAGAACAGCAGCUCAGGACAACAAGAUAAUGCUGAAGGUGGGAAAGUGUCUGCGCCCCCUGCUGGCAUGCAAGAAAACAGCCGACUGAGUGAAGCCAGUAACUUUUCUUUGGGAGAUCCAGAUCUUUCCAAAACAUCUGCCGGCAGCCAAGAGCAGAGCAGUAACGAAAGCAUUAGGAGCCGGACUAAGUUAUCUUGGAGACAGACAUUGUCUCUAGAAGCGGCUUCAUUUCAUAACUUGAGCCUCCCAGAUCAAUCCUGGAGCUCUUCAGGCCUUUCUCCUUGUCCUACUGGUAACGAAACUGGCUUCCAUAUUCAGCACCCUGCCCAGGAGGGAACUGAUUUGCUGGGGGCACCGGAGCUGGGAAGAAAUGAUCUUGGAUACAGUGCACAAGCGCCGGAGGCUUUCAGUGAUCACUUAUCAACAACCACAAUCUCUACAGGCAGUUUUCUGACUAGCGAGAAGGCGGAUUCAAGCACAAUCAAUUCAGAGCCUUUAUCAGACCUUCAGAAAUGUAACUUCUCCAGUAUCGAUGGGGAUCACCGUACCUGGAGUCCUUCGGCCAAUGGGAUUCCACAGCCAACAAGACGAAAUGAGUUCACAAGCCCAGGUUAUUCCAUGUCUGCAUCGGACCAGCGCAGCCACAUUCAGCAGAUCAUUGAUAAAUACACCAGAGAUCUCAGUGCUUCUCUGGAGAGAAAUUUAAGCUUUCAUACUCCUGCUGCUGCUUUAGAUCUAUCUGCAAGUAAUGAGAAUCAGCUUCCUUUGGGUUUCUAUGUCCUGGACCCAAAGCCUGACUUGAAUGUGUCUUCGACUUCUCGUUCACUAUUAAGCAACACUGGCAGUUCUCAAGAGCCAAAAAACACAAGCCAGAGCUCAUUUUACCCGAGCAGCAAAGAGUGGUCUUCAGAAAAAUCUCAUAGCUUCCAGUUUCCAGCCAGCAGUCACAGUGCAAUGUCCUCCCCUGGGCUAACGAGAGCACAACAUGGAGAUGUGGAAAGUAGCCCUUGUGCUCAAGAGGAUCAAACUCUAGUUUCCUCUGGAUCAUUCCACCCUCUUCACCCAGAAUGCACCCUUAACGAACCAGUCCUGAGCAGCCCAGGUCUCUGCGGUUCCAGUAGUGAAAAUGGAAGCCUGAGAGUACCUCAACCGCCAGCUCUACAAUCAUCCAGGGUUCCCUCUUGCAACUGGAAUACACAAUUCAGCCCUGGCGCUUUUCAGCUCUCCAUGGAAACCCUCAGGGCUGACAGUCACACCUUGGUGGAGGAUCUUGGCUCUUUUCAUGAGUUGAUGGCCACGGAAACAACCACUAAUGACUCUGUGCUGUCUGAGCACCCGCUCACAGUCUCCAGAACACACGUGCAGCACGUCCAUGAAUUACCUGUAUUGCAUGAAGCACACGAACAGGAAAAAAUGGAGUCUGCUGUAGGUGACCGACAUGUCCUAGGCUCUGUGCCGCAGCAUUGUCAUAAAGUGGAGUCCUUACCUCAGACUUUGAAAACGGACAUGCUCACUGAUACAGAAUCCUCCAUUGAGCCCCACAGUCUGUCUGUCAUUGGCUCUUCUGCAUUCUCUAUAGCAAGCUCCUCCCCUCUCGAGGACACAUCGAAUGCCCGGGGAAUCCUGGAAGAACCCGAGUUAUCUCUAAUGAGUUUCCCCGACAGCAGCUUUGCUGGCUCAGAGCACGUCACUACCUUAAGUAGUAUGUCGGAACAUCAUAUAGACCCAAACUCUUCAGAGGCUUGCUUUCAUCCUCUAGAAGCUGAGACGGACCACUCCAUGUUUAACAUACCCGACUGGUCAUUAGCAGGACCGAGUUUCACUGAUCAAUCACAGCCCUUUGCAGUGCUUGAUUUGACAUCCCCUGUGAGCCUGCAAGAAGCAUUUUCUAAGAAGAAAAAACAAUUUAUCGAGAGCUCGUCCAAACGCGUUGAACAAAUAAAGCAGAAAGGGGCUGAGAUCAAAAAAGCUGAGUUGAAACUGCCACUGAAUGUCCCAGGCCGCAUGCAGGAAGAGACACGUGUGUGUGAUGCUUCAACUUCAGUGAGUGAUGGAAACACGCUGAAGAAGGUUAUGCCAGUUCGAGUGUGUACACCAGAGGAGCGCAAGCUGUCGGAGAUAGAGAUGCACCAGAGAACUAUAAGAUUAUACAACCGGCUGGAUGAAGUCCAAACCAAAAAAGAGGAGAAAAUGAGGAAGGAAUCGUAUGCUCGAAACCGAGAGAAGGCUAACGAGUUUAAGAAGAAAACUCUGCAGAAGCUGAGAUCCAGCAAGAGAUGACUGCUGUGAAGAACAGAGUCUGUCCUCUUUGCACCGGGGAUUAAAGAAGAAAGAAACUUUACAUGCAAAAAAACAAAAAAACUCUGUAAACUUUUUAUUCUUUAAAUUGCUAAUUCUUGCUAGAGAAGAAGCGGCUCUUGGCAUCCAAGACCUUAAUAAGAAUUGACAUGUUAUUUAAGGUUUGUUCUAACUAUAUCUAGUGUUUUGCACAAAGACUUUCAGCAUUAUAGAUUGCUGGCAAAAUAGAACCAUUUGGUAUAUAUUUGUUUCAGUAUAUUUAAGGAGGUGAUGGACAUUUUUUUUAGGUCUUUAAGGGAUAAGUAAACCUUUAAAAACAGUGACUGUAAAAUUGAUAAGGUUGCCAUUCUAAGAACUAUUUUUUUUUUUGAUUCCAAUAUAUUAAGGGAUA